UGUGUGAAAUUUUCAGAAAUUCGAAAUGCCAUUCGCGAGGUGCAAACCUUGAAAAAAAUCUCUCACGAAAACGUGUUGAAAAUCGUGGCAGCAGAGCAACUCGUCCAGUCUCAAAACAUAUACGUGCUGAUUUUGACUGAAUAUUGUAAUGGAGGCAACCUGAACGAGCGUCUAUCACGACCAAGUGUUUACUGGAAGAAUCGCAAAUGGAUUCGUGAAACUGCCGAUGCUCUUUCCUUCCUCCAUUCAAGCGGAAUAGUUCACCGUGAUUUGAAGCCAGAUAACGUCCUGCUCACGGCGGCGGAGGAUGUAAAGGUAGCAGAUUUUGGCUUGGCUCGAGAAUAUACGGCGUACCAACAAGGCGAAAUUCCAAGCGACGAGAACUCGGGGUUCAAAACACUUUACUAUAUGACCUCAAGGACCGGUCCAAUACACUGGGUGGCUCCUGAAUUUUUCAGUGGCCGCUACACAGAAAAAUCUGACGUAUUUUCCCUCGGUGUCCUUAUAUACGCAAUUUUAGAACGGGAUUAUAUCGAGUUCAAUAGAAGAAAGAACUACGGGGCGUUGAAGCGUAUUCCUUGUGCAGGCAAAGUUGGUCUAGGAUAUGCAAUGGCACACCAAGAUCCAAAUAUCACCGUCAGCUUCUCAGGCCCAGAAUUUCCUCAUGCUAAAAAGGUGACCCUUGAUGCCUUAAAGUUUGACAAAGAUUCUCGACCAAGCGCUGAGGUGGUGGCUUGUGUGGUUCGCAACGAGUAUCCGCGUUGCUGUAUCUUAUAA